CGAAAAACGGCCCGGGAGGCAGAGACAGUCCUGGUCUGUGCCAUUGUCUCUACUCCGUCUAUAAACCCCUAAGUCCACCACCGUCAGCUAAACAACUGGGAAAGGUUUCCCCUCCCCCGGCUAAGCAUCGAGUCAAGUACACCCUCUUAGCUCAGCCUUCCGCACGAUCAGUCUGUAUCCUUCUUGUCAUUCCUUCACACAUUUUCCUUCCUUCCCUCCAUUGAGCACAACAACAAAGAAUACCGGAAAGGGAAGCUUGUCCAGUCGCAGGGGCAUUCCCGAGACUGCAGGCUUCCCAGGGAGUGACAGUCUGUUUCCUUCUGUCUUUGACCACAACCUGACAUCGUUCCAGGCUGCGGGCGUUUUCGCCUGCAGCAGCCGCUUCCACAAUUUCAUCCCCACCCUUCCACUGUCAUCGCGUCGAGUCACCCAUGAGCUACGAGGAUUUUGCGCUCUUUGACCUCGACGACCUGCACCUUGACGGCCACAACAUUUUCCCCAGCCACCAGGAACAACAAGUUGUUGCCGACCCUAUCGACUCACAAAGCUUCACCUCAACCCAGAACUUCAGCCCAGGGGCCCCGAGUUUGUUUACCCAUUUCGGCUCGGUCGUCUCGCCAGCAACUCAGACCGUUUCGCCUAUAAGUAACUACUCGCUCACUCAGGGUGUGGAGCAAGACCAGAACCAUGCCGCAACGCAACUGGAGAGCGGUCGUCGACCUUACCAUGAGCCGGUCUCGGACCAAGCUAGUCUACUCAAGGAUAAAUCUCCCAGGAUCAAGCACCCAUGCCAUACAAAAAAGGAGCCCGGCUGCGAGAAGGAGUUCGCGUUCCUCAAAGAUCGUACACGCCACCGGGCAGGCGCUUGCUCCUACACUGCGUCUCGACAAGAGCAGCCUCGCUACGUAUGCCGCUGCAGCAACAAGUACCCCCGGUGGGAUAGCUUCAAGAACCACUGGGCCAGAUGUGACAAGCAGGACUCGGCCGUUUCCCAGUACUUUGAGUGUCCAUGCAAACACCGUUUCGGCGAGUUCAGAGACCUGGCAGAGCACUACCACAAGGACCACAAGCGUCGUCCCGGUCGUCGGAGAAAAGCAAGACAAGUCAAACACGACUCACAAGUGUCGUCGGCGCCUGUCUCGAAUGACACCGUCUCGGCGCGGCCAACCAUGCCCAACGCCAUGGCCGCGAUGACACGCGAUGACUCUCAUAUCACAGAACUCUUACACGACCGGGGCUUCCGCCCGGAACUUCUCUCAGGAGACUUAUCCUGUGCAGAGCCACAGCACUACACCACAACGAUAGCCGAGGAGUUCAACGGGGAUACUGAUUUGUGGGGUUACAACUCCUCACUCGAGCCCCCGAUGGACUGGUCCACCGCGCAGGACCCCGACUCUGGCGACAAUAACGCACCAUGGACUAUGCCGCCGGCAUUUCCUCUGGAGGAUUAUGUUCCCUUUGCUCCCUCUGAUCAAAGGCACUGUUGAAGGGGCCGUCCAAGACGAAGAUGUCAAAGCAUAUCAAAUUCAAAAUAAAGAAAAAAACAGACGUAAAAUAAUAAAAAAUAAUAAAAGUCUCCCUCGGGAGACGAAAGCCA